AUGGGGUUCUACUCGUCGCUUAGAGAAGGGUUAGGGGUUCUACUGAGUUUGAGUAGGGUUUCAUUUGUGGGAAGAAGAAGGAGGAAAAGAGGGUUUCAAUCUGCUAAGAUUAGGGUUCCAUUUGUGGAUUCGGGGCUUUUUGGGCUACUUGAUUUGGGGGUUUCUCGGCUACUUGAACUGUUCGGAAUUGGAAGAAGCUAUUGUGGGUAUAUUGAUUCCAAGUUGUUGGCAUGGGUUAAAGGCAUUCUUCUUCAGCAAAACAUUCAAGCCAUUGUUGCUAUCGUUUUGUUCACGGUACAAAUAUUCAUAGCUCAUCAACACUUCCAGGAACUGCAUUAAAGCCAUUUUGGGGGUUAAGGACUGGUGAGUAUUGCCAUUGUGGA